AUGCCUACAAAAAAUCAAUUGAUUCGUCAUGGUAGAGAAGAAAAACGGCGCAGGGACCGUACUCGAGCUUCGGAUCAAUGUCCCCAGAAGCAAGGAGUAUGCCUGCGUGUUUCGACGAGAACACCGAAAAAACCUAAUUCAGCUCUACGUAAGAUAGCAAAAGUACGGUUGAGCAAUCGACAUGAUAUAUUUGCUCACAUUCCAGGCGAAGGUCAUAAUUCGCAGGAACAUUCUAUAGUCUUAGUCAGAGGAGGUAGAGUGAAAGAUUCGCCAGGUGUGAAAUCCCAUCGUAUUCGAGGAGUCAAGGAUUUGCUGGGAAUUCCGGAUCGUAGAAAGGGAAGAUCUAAAUAUGGUGCAGAAAGACCUAAAUCGAAAUGAAUGG